ACAAUUUUUUGUUUAUUUAGGGAUUCCCGUUCGUCUCUUCAUGGGGUUCACAUCAACGAAACUAUAACAAUAAUUUACAAACAUUCCUAAAAAGACAUAAAGACAUCUCUUGAGGCACAAAUAUAGUUAAAUUAAACACAACAUUUAAAUCAACUGCUUAAAUUACAAAAAGACAUAAGAAAAAAACCUCACCACACAAACUGUGUUCAAUCAUUUCAGAACGGAUACUGAAAAAAAGGCACAAUAACAGACUGGAAAUAUAAAUGUAAUCAUUUCAUCCGGUUGAUAUUAAAUCAUUCUCCAAGACAGAAUUUCUUUUAAAUUUACAUGAUCAACCAUCACUGUAAUUCCAGAAGGCGACAUAUUCCAAACUUUUCCAGUCAUGAUAACCUAACUUUGAUUUUUUUUUUCUUCAUUUCUGAUGAUUUUGGUAUUUAAUGGUCAGAAAUAUAAAUUUAAGAUGCAACAAUUGAAGAUUUCUGACAGACUGCACACAUGAAAAGGUAAAUAUUGACGUUUUUAUUAUAAUGAAGCUGUAAUAUUUGAUCAUUAGUUCACUAAGACAGAGAGCAGCUGUUUUAUUGUAAAUUCCUGAGCCACAAACCCACACUCAGCGAGCGGCAGAGAGGCGGUCAAUGUCAAGGCGAGAGCGCGAGGGCGGGAGGCUGAAGAAGAAGAAGAAGAAGAAGAAGGACGGGGCCCACAGAGAGUUCAGUGUUUCAGCAGCGAGGAGCUUCAGCGUAUUCACCAGCAGAGUGAGGGCUGACAGGCGGCCGGACCUGACGGGAUGCUGUGAGGAAGAACGCCAAGCGAUGGAGCUGAAAGACGGCGGCAGGCGGCCGCAGAUUCUCAGAAUGGACGACCAGGACAGAGUGAGCCAAGCGUCCAGUGUGGCUACAAUUUCUUAUUUUCCUGUCAUGAAGGAAAGUGAUGGGAAGGUGCAGACGUUUGGGAAAAGAUGUCAGGCUGCUAAAAGAGACCCCAACUGUCCCGUGGUCAUCAGGGGCUGGCUCAACAAAAAGGACAGCUCUGGUCUGAAGCUGUGGAAGAGACGGUGGUUCGUCCUCUCCAACUACUGUCUGUAUUACUACAAAGACAGCAGAGAAGAAACCGUGUUGGGAAGCAUCCCGCUGCCGAGCUACAAAAUCCUGUUCUGCACGCAGCGAGAAUGCAAGAACAGGAAGUUCACCUUCAAGGUGGUGCACCAGGGAAUGCGAUCAUAUUUCUUCAGCGCUGACACUCAGGAGGACAUGUUGGGUUGGGUUCGAGCUCUGAGCCAAUCAGCUGCGAUGGAGCCAGACACCACCAUGAACAGGCGUUGCUCGAGUUAUCAAGAUUUUACGCAGCUUGGUGGCAGCAGUGAGUCUAUGGAGUUCCCCAGAUCGCCCACGGAGGAGGAGAGUCCGGCGCAAAAACACAAGCAUGUCAGCAGAACCCUGAGCGAACCGGGUCAGCUCAGUGGGAGGGUGGGGAGGUCACAGUCAGAGCACCGGGGGAGACGGAGCGUGCAUCACCGGAACAGGAGCCCGUUACACCGAACCCCCAGCCCUCCGGAUCCAAUCAGGAGAAGAACUGCUUCAAACAGGGAGGACGACGCUUACGAUGAAACCUCAGCGCAGGCGGCCAUCGUGGGGUCAGGCUCUUUGGGUUCGAGGGGACAGCUGGGCUCCCGACCCCACACCCCGGUGGGAAGGGUCGACAUUCGACCCCACGAUGACCCCGUCACUGUGUACUACACACCUGCCUCCCCCAAGCUGGAGUUCAAAUCUGCUCCCACCACCCCGGUCACAGAGAGGUGGCAAAACCUCAGCAAGCCUGCAGCUUUAUACGGUUCUGUUCAUCACACGCCAAGUGGGAGAAGACCUUUAGCUAAGAGCCACUCCACGGGGGCAGAUUUACUGCCCCCUUUACCCCCUGCAGCGAGGGCAGCGCAUGCUUCCAACCCCUCAAAACAACCCCGUCAGCUUCACCUGCCUGUCUCUGUGCUUCCGCCAGCUCUGGCGUCUAAAUCUGACCAGAGAGAUUUGCAACCAAUACGACCUCUUGAAAGUGAUGCAGAUGAUAGCGUCCAGUGUGCGCUGGAAGUGUCCAGGCUCCAAGUGGAGGAGUGGAGGACCCAGGGGCCCCGGGCCCUGGAGGAGGCACUGACCCAGAAGGCUUUGCUACAGGAGGAGUUGGUUACAAUCCGGGCCAGAGUGUGCGACAUCUCACUGGAAAUGGAGCGAGUGUGGAGUCAGUAUGAGAGGAUGGAGAGUGAGCUGUCUGUAAUCCGCUCACACCUUCAACACAUCUCCAACUUUGGAAUGCCACAGGAGCAGAUUCAGGCUCAGAGGGAGCUGUGGAUGAUGGAGGACAUCCUUGAUGGGCUGAACGUCAAUCGGGAUUAUUUCUGUUUCCUGCUGGGACUACAGACACGUCAUAUGUUCCAGUUUUUGCCUCCUGGGCCUCCUGCUUCCCCCCCAGAAGGGCUUCCAGCCGGACUGCCAGCAGAUCUGGAACAAGAGCCGCCGCUCCGCCCUCCGUUACCCCUGGAGCUUCAGGAGAGCCACCUGGGCCAUGUGUGGCCAGAGUCACCGUAUGAGGGAAUCUACGAGCAUCCUGCUGAUCCCGCCGACAGAAGUGGAAACAGCCAGCCUGACCUCCUUAACAUGAAAGCACAGAGAGAUGCAACCGAAUCUCAGUCUGGUUCAAAGUGGAUCCCACCAGAAACAGCCAGCCAGCCAACAAAGAUAAAAAUGAAGAUGAGUGAGGCAGAACAGAUUGAGAGGAUGAAGAGGAACCAGGAGAGAUUGGCUAAUAAGAGGAAACCUCCAGUGGUGCCUGAAGGACCCCAGAAUCAGAGUUCAGACACAAGACAGGAGGCCCCGUUUCCCUUGAGGGUGACCCGCGUUGUCACAGCUGUGCUGCCCUCCUCGCUCGUGGCCAGAAGAGUUUCUGUGGAGGAUCCUCCAGCUGAGCUCGACGCUCCGCUGCCCGAACAAAUCCUGCCGGAAACGCAGCGAAAACCGACGGAACCGAGCAAAAAACUCCUGAGCAAACCUGCCAGGCGGCUGCUUACAGAGAGUCCCGACUCAAACCAGGCCGUCGGCGAGCCGCACCAGGAUCAAACUGCAAAAAAGGCAAGCAGAAAACACCCGCCGGCUUCCAGGGGCUCCAGAAUGGAGCCACUUUUAGAAGUGAGCAGAGGCGAAGGAUCAGAGAGCCCGAGAAGUGAAGCUCAACACCUGACGGGGUCAGGGAGAGGUCAAGACAGCGCAGACGUCAAGGCAGCUGAAGAGUCGCCGGCUGCUGACUUUGACCUGAAUCCUGGUCUGAGCUCUGAGCAGCGAGAAGCCAAACUCCGACGAGUCGAACGGAUCCGAGAAAGAGUGAUGAGAAGCGCAGCCAGAGAAAGUUCAACGACAGACAGUCAGCGUCCCACCAGGACAGAGAGGAAGGAAGUUCACCAGGCUCCCUCUGACUCGGCUGAAGGAAAAUGGCCGACAACGGGAAGUCGUGGCUGUCUGGAUGACUUUGGCAGAUCAGGAGAUCUUCAAGGUGCAACGUCUCAGGGUUGCAAUGAAGUUAAAUCUAAAAGUCGGGUCCAGACUGAGAACAGAGCACAGCACAGUGGGAGAGCAGAAGUUCCCAACAAUAAAAGCAAUCGCUCACCGUCUCCAUAUCACAUCUCAUCCAUGACGGUCUACCAAAACGACGAAGGCAAAGGAUUCAGAAGCUGCAACGAUGAAGAGCAGGAAAACCCUGAAGGACUCACUGCAGAAGAUAAAGAAGAGAAACUGAAGUCUUCCCACCUGAGAACAAAAUGGUUCUUGUCGACGAACCAGUGGCAGGGGUUCAUACCGCUGCAGAUGGAGCCGCUGUCUAUCGAGGAGAACGAGGAAACCGACACCCAGCCGUGCUCUCAGCCAGAUCUCAACGAGAUGUCGGCAACGGUGACGGAAAGCCUGGAGAAGAUGAAGGAGAACCACUCGCUCUUCUAUAAGAUCGCCUGCGACAUCAGCAUCUCAGACUCAGACAUAAAGAGCGACGAUCAAACGUCCUGCAGACCAGAGGAGGAAGAAGUGUUGGUCAUCGAAGAAACGGCGAGGACCGGUGACGUUGGGAUGCCGUCUCAUUUAGAGAGUUUGGAUGGAAGAGGUGCAACAGCUAAAAAGAAAUCUCUGGAGUCAACGAGAAAAAUGCAGGACAAGACUUCGGUGGAUCCAACAUGUGAUCCAAGUGAAAUAAAACUAGCAGAGCAAUUAGGGCGGGAAGAUGAAGUAAAAGUUUCAGAAACGGGAGCUUGUGUCCAGGAGACGGAUUCUACUCAGGCACUGGAUGGCCACACAAAGACAGAAGAGAAACACUGUGUGAAGAAAGAGUCAGAAGAUCUGAACACAAACCAAGAGAGACGUGAGGAAAUAAAGAAAAGUUUCAGAGGAAGCAAAGAGAAGAAGAUGGAUGAGGAAGACGGAGGAAACAGACGCUCCAUCAUCCGGAGCGCGUCCUUCGGAAAGCCGAGGGUUACGGUCCUGAGGACGAGUUUGUAGAUCGUCCCAUUCCAACCAACAACUUCAUGGCAUUUUAUUUGGAUUUUAUAUGAUAGACCAACUCAAAAGAGGGUAUAAGUAUAAUUUUAGAAACAUAAUCUGAAAAUUUGACCCCAGAAACCUUUUGUACCUCUGGAAAACCUGCAAAGAUCCAGAGCUGAGAGGUGAAUCUGUUUACAGGACGACUUUUCAAACAAUUAAUGGAAGAGUGGUGAAAAGAAAGUCCAAUUAAACAGAUUGGUUUAACUCAAAACAUAUUAACAUGUUAGAACGACCUAGUCAAAGUCCAAAAGAGUUUUGGUAAGAUUCGAAACUUGAUGUUUAUGGGGGGGAUUUUCUACAUCAUACAAUACUUUGUUUUGGUCUUCAUCUAAAAUCCCUUUAAGGCUGAAGUUUGAAGUUGCAGAACAACUUAAAAAGUUCAGCGGGUGUGAAUACUUUCCCCUAGAGAUUUUGACCGACUGGAUUGGACUGGACCCAGUUGUGAGAAAAAUAUAACAGCAGAAUAAUGUAUAACCAUCAAUAAACUUGAAUGUUUUCAUUUUACAGAAUAUAAAGGAGGAUGUUGGUUGAAAUCUGUCACCAGAAAUGUUAUUUAUUGAAGUGAAACUGUGUUUUUUUGCAACUAGACAGGUGCAAUCAAACAUCCUAUUUAAAUGCUAACACCUCCAUUCCUUGUAAUGUACGUGUUUAAUACUCACUGAAAUUAUAUUUGAUGGCUGUUUUUUGUUGGCAACAUAAUCCUGUUUUUAUCACUGUGAAAAAUUGCUCCUUUUGUAUCUCAGAUGUCCUGAAUAAUAAUAAUAAUAAUAAUAAUAAUAAUAAUAAUAAUAAUAAUAAUAAUAAUAAUAAUAAUAAUAAUAAUAAUAAAAGAAGAAGAAGAAUAAGAAGCGUUGUGCACACUGUCAGAGCUUUACAUUUCUACCUCCACCCCCUCGCCUCAUCGUCUGCCAGGUCCCACAUGUGCUACAGGGUGCAGCUCUCCGCGGAGACCCGACGCAGAAUUACAUGGAGCUCCUGCGAACAAAAAAAGCCUUUGUCACUUUAAAUCCUCAGCGUGUCUCAGCCGAUGACAUCAUUGUCUGAGAACACAUUACAUCACCCUUCCCAGGCUCCCUCGCUCCCCCUCUCUCUCACUCCGCACCACCUCAUGUUUACUGAGCAACACACACGCACACACACACAUACACACACAUACACACGCACACAGACCUACUGAUCUGUUUGCAGAUGUGAUAUCUGUAUCAGCAUGCAUAUUUAUGACGAUAGCUUUAAUGUAUGUGCUGAUGGUGAAGUAAGGCUUCUGUGGCUGCAUGAAAUAUAUUCAGUUACAAUUUAAUGUUGCAUUCUACAUUAUAUAUUGAAACAAUAAUGCUCGGAACAGAGUAAAUGAGAGUUAAUUUCAUGCUGCAGAAAAGGAGAAAGAUUUUUUAGGAUGUGAACUCUUUGGGUUUUUUCACGUGGCUCUUUGCCCAGGGCACUAUUCUGCUUAGGGGCUCUUGACAAAACUGAACUGCAGCUUCCAAUUCAACUCAUUGCUCCUAUGUUUCACAUUUACUGCCACAUUGUCUGUAAAUAUUUAAAGGUAUAUUUAACAUGUGAAAAUGCCAAAUGAGGUUUUUAUUUAAAGUUUUGAAUUCAAAACAAAAGGUGAAUGUUUUUGUCCUGUUCGAAUGAACUCAGAUAUACGAGUAUCAAGAUGUAUCAAAUCUGUAUCUGUCACAGAACAUCACCACAAUGACGCCUCUUAGAUUAGCUUAAUAUUGAAAAUUACUUUUUUUAACACAAGUUUGGAUAUCGAGCAGAUUAAAAAAAUUCUUUUUUUUUAA